CAUGGGAGAGUAGAGUAGUGCAUCCUGUGCUCCGUAAAGUUUGACAACGUGUUCCAGGGGGGGAAAACGUUCCAUAGUUUCGAACUAAAUUUUAGUUACUAACUUUUCGGAAGUGGUUAGAAGAGAUUAGCUAUUCCUCUUCAGGGAGGAUAUGGACGCAAAGAGUCAGUGCUUUAGAUGAAGUAGUAUGAAAUGAACAAUUGCAGAAAAUUAUAAUAUUUGUUUUUAAGAGUCAACAAGUGUUAUUUAUUUCGAAGUUUAUUAUCGACAUGGAGGCCAAAUAUUUGAUGAAUACGCUUAUUCUCCUGGUCACAGUCAUCACGCAUGACGUGGUGGGCGGUCUGCACAUCACCAAUGUGGGCGUGUCGACCCCCCUUGCCGUGGGCGAAAGCGGCUGGCUGGAGUGCGAGUGGGCGGACGACGGCGACAGCAUCUACGCCCUCAAGUGGUACCUCGGCCUCGACGAGUUCUACCGCUGGACGCCCGCGGAAGACCCGCCCGUGAAGACAUUCAAGAUCCGCGGCGAGCCCCUGCGGGUGGACGCGUCGGCCUCGCACAAGGGCCGCGUCCGCAUCCAGGCCGUGACGCUGGCGGCGGCCGGCGUGUUCCGCUGCGAGGUGUCCGCCGAGGCCCCGUCCUUCCACACCGAGUCGCACGUCACCUACCUGACCGUCGUCGACCUUCCUGACGAGAAACCGAGGAUCAGCGUCCCACAGGACACGUAUCAGCUGGAAGAGGUCGUGGCGCUGAACUGUUCCUCGCCCCGUUCACAACCUCCUGCCGAGCUCACUUUCUACGUCAACGGAGAGCAGGCUGACCCAUCGUGGCUUAUCCCCCACAACGCCAUCUCCGAGGAAUCCAACAGCCAGCACCCACCAGGACUCCAGACGGCGAUGCUGGGCCUGAGAUUCACCCUCUGGCCUCGUCUCCUUCGCCGGGGGUCGGUCGUGGUGAAGUGCACGGCGUCCAUCCUCAAUCUGUACUGGGAUAGUAGCGAGGUGGUGAUCCAUGCGGACCAGCCGUACCACGCGUCCAUUAUGGAGGGGAGAGCAGCGUCGUCUGCGGCUGUGGAAGGAUCCGUGACGUCACUGAGCCAAACGCUCUUUGUCCUUAUCUCCACGUGUUGGCUCCUUCAUUAGUCCACGCCCACACCUACGCCCACGCCCACGCCCACGCCCACGCCCACGCCCCAUGGCAUCCGUCAAACGCCCGUGUGAAGGAGGGUCAUUGAACACGUAGCGAAUGUCAGCUGUUAUUUGACUUGACUUAUAUAGGCCGAGCUUAGAAAUGAGAGAAUUUAUUUAUUAUUCGAUUUAUUAUCAAAAUGUGUUCAUUAUUAUCUGCAUUAUCGUGGUUAUUAUUAUUGUAAUGAUUGUUAUUAUUGUAUGUUUUUUUAUUAUUAUUAUUAUUUAUUGGUACUAUAGGAAUUACAUCUUUUUUUACUAUUAUUAGUAACAUUAUCAUUAUCAUCAUCGUCAUCUUCAUCAUUAUCGAAAUCAUUUUCAUUUCCAUUAACAUUGUCAGUCAUCAUCAUCAUUAUCAGGUAUAAUUACCUAGUUAAUUAUUAAUCAUUGUCAUUAUCAGUCACCAUUAUGGUCAUGAUUAUCAGUCACAAUCACUAAAGGUAAAAUAAUUAUCGCCAUUACAAAUUUCCUUCAUUAUGUAAGCAUUUUCAUUAUUAUUUUCAGUGUUAUUACCACACUACCUUUUUACAUAAGAACAGUAUAUUAGCUUAUCCUCUAUUGAUAAUAUUUAGUGAUGUAUUAAUCACUAAAGCUGUGUAACAGAAAGACCAAACCAGUAAGUGAUUCAAAGUGUGA